UUCCCGGCCCUUCGUUCCACUGGUGAAGCCGAGCCCUGUAGCCAGCCAGGCGUCCUCGGCGCCCCAGGCUCAGGGCGACCCCGGCCCCUUCCUUCCUGCUCAAGUGCUGCGCGGGCACCCCGGCCUCCUCCUCACCCGGCCUCCGGGCGGCUCCCCGCGCGCAGGUUUCUGCACAUGGAUCGGAAACUUUCAGAGUUGGUGGAAGAGCUCACAACUUCAGGAGAGCCCCAAGUGAAUCCCGAGAAAAUGAAAGAGCUGAAGAAAAUUUGCAAGUCUUCGGAGGAGCAGCUUGGCCACACCUACCACUUGCUGAUGGCCCAGCUGAGCCAGGAGCACGCCGAGGUCCGCCUCUCCGCUUUCCAGGUCCUGGACCAGCUCUUCACCAGGUCUCACCAUUUCAGGAUGCUAGUCGUUUCCAACUUCCAGGAGUUCCUGGAGCUCACACUGGGCACCGACCACGAGCGGCCCCUGCCGCCACCCAGGGAGGUGGCACAGAAGCUGAGGCAGGCUGCCACCCGGGCCAUCCGCGGCUGGAACGAGAAGUAUGGUACAGCCUAUAAGAAGCUGGCCCUGGGCUUCCACUUCUUAACGCACAACAAACAGGUAGAUUUUCAAGAUGUGGACGCUAGGACUCUGGCGGAGAGACGGCGAGCAGAGGAGAAACAGAAGCGCUUGGACAGGAUCUACAAGGAGAGGUCUGAGCGGGCCGCGCGGGAGAUGGAAGAAAUGUCCAGGGAGAUCCGGAACUGCCUCACGGAGUUGGAGAGCUGCUUCCAGCUGCUGGUGCCCUUUGACCUUGAGCCGACCCCGGGGGCUGCCUUGCCCGCCAUGGCCGAGGAGGCAGGCAGGGACGAGGAGCAGCCCUGCUGCAGCAAGAGCCUGGCUAUCUGCGCCCGCCGCCCGGGAGCCGCGGGGCCGCCCUCGGAGGACAGCGACCCGGAAGGGUUUGUGCGGCACCACGGGCUGGGCUCCCGCGGAUACACGCUCGAGGUGGAGCUCUCCUCAGACAGCCUGAAGGUGCACGAGGAUGAGGACAACCUGGUCAUCAUGCAUGCGGUCCGGGACACUCUCAGGCUCAUCCAGAACAGGUUCCUGCCAGCCGUGUGCUCCUGGGUCCAGCUGUUCACCCGCGCAGGGACGCAUGGCGGGCACUUGGAGGGUGCCAUCGAGCUGAAGGCCGAGCUGGAAACUGCCCUGAGGCGAUCUCGGGAGCUGGAUGUCAUGCCCAAGGAGGGCUGCAGGAGGGAGGCGGCAGCCCCGGGGGACAGGGACGAGGACGACGACGACCAGGACUUCGUGGAGGUCCCGGAGAAGGAGGGGUACGAGGCCUGCGUCCCUGAGCACCUGCAGCCUGAGUAUGGGCUGGAGAAAGACCCGGCCACACGGGCCUCGCAGGCGAGGAAGAGGACGGGGAGCAGCGAGGAGGCCUGUGACCCCACCUCUGCGGCCGCCCAGCUGCGUUGGCUCCAGCGCCACUUGCCCCCGGCCUCGCCGGCAAGCCCCAGGGCGCCGCUGGGUCCAGAGGAGGCCGAGAGGCUGGCAGCAGAGCGGGCCCGGGCGCCCGUCGUGCCCUUCGGGGUGGACCUGUGCUACUGGGGCCGAGAGGAGCCGACGGCCGGGAAGAUCCUCAAGUCCGACUCGGAGCACCGCUUCUGGAAGCCCCGCGAGGUGGACGCGGAAGUAGAGAGCGCCGCUGUCUCUGAGUCUCUCCGGAGCCGCCACAUCACCUUUGCGGGGCGAUUCGAGCCCGUGCAGCACCGGUGCCGUGCCCCCCGGCCCGACGGCCGGCUCUGCGAACGCCAAGACCGCCUGAAGUGCCCUUUCCACGGGAAGAUCGUCCCAAGAGACGACGCGGGGCGGCCCCUCCACCCGGAGGACAGGGCCCACGGGCAGAAGCAGCGGCUGCAGAGGCCGGCGGGGCGCCCAGCCUGGCAGGACCCUGAGCUCAUGAGGGACGUGGAGGCAGCCACUGGGGUGGAUCUCGGCUCGUCCAGGCCUGGUGGGAAGGGCAGGCGACGGCGGUCCGGCCUCACCGACCUCAAGCAGCAGGCGGACACAGCGCGUGCACGCAUCGCCAAGAAGGUCUUCGCCAAGGCCGCUGUGCAGAGGGUGGUCACAGCCAUGAACCAGAUGGACCGGAAGAAGCAUGAGAAGUUUGCAAACCAGUUUAACUACGCGCUGAAUUAGAGCGCCAGGCCGUGUCCCCUGUGGUCGUCAGCUCCUCUUCUGCUGAUGAGCUAGGAUGGAAAGGCAGACCCGGUCUGGGCUGUAACAACAGCCACGAUUAUAGUGUGUAUUUAACGUGAAGAAAUGGUGCACUUUCUCCUUAAAGCGCCCCAGAGGCGUGGACUCCCCCCUGCGGGGGGGACCACGGCCAUCGCUUACGGCUCUGACUGCCUAGUAGCCCGGGGUGAACUCGGGUAGCCGUGUCCACAGGUGGGCGUCUUGUACAGCCUGCGCCCUCUGUGGUGUGAUUCAGGGCCGCUCAACGUCCGGGGUGAGUGCGCAGCCUCCAGCCCUGCCCCCAGCCUUCUCCUCCUCGGAGGAAAACCCGCAUUUGGUGUUGACACCAAGGGGAGCCAGCUGUUUGCUCUCGGCGUUUCCAGCUCACAGGCGUGCUGGUGGUGGCUCCGCGUCAGAAUGCAGGGAACUACCUCACUCUUUGUUUUUCUGAAAUCAGCUUUAUUGAGACAUAACUCACGUACCGUAACAUUCAUGCUUUUAAAGUGUACAGUUCGGUGACGUUAAAUACACUCACAGUGUUGUCCGAUCUCUACCACUGUCAAGUUCCAGAACUUUUCAUCACCCUAAAAGAAACCCUGCUCCCCCAGCCCCGGCCCCCUCUGGUCUCCUGUUUCUGGAUUUGCCUUUGCUGGACGUUUCCUGUGAAUGGAGUCAUAGCAGCCUGUGGCCCUUUGGGUCUGGCUGCCUUCACUUAGCACAGCGUUUUCAAGGGUCUUCCCUGCUGGGGCCUCUGUCCGUGCUUCAUUCCUUUUUAUGACCGGAUAACUCACCACUGUAUGAACAUACCGCACUUUGUUUAUCCGUUCAUCGUGGACAUUCGGGUUGUCUGCACUUCGGGGUUAUCAUGGACCAUGUUGCUGUGACCAUUUGUGUACGAGUUUUUGCGUGGGCGUAUAUUUUCAUUCCUUUUGGGUUUAUACCUAGAAGUGGAAUGGCUGGGUCACGUGGUAACUCUGUUUAACUUAUUGAUUGAAUUGCCAAAACAUUUUCCAAAGCAGCUGCACCGUUUUUCUGUCCCCACCAGCAGUGUGUUAGGGUUCUCAUUUCUCCAUGUUCUUGCCAACAUUUGCUUUUAAUUUUAAGUCUUUUAAAUUUUAGCCAUCUUAGUGGGUGUGGAGUGGUGUAUCAUUGUGGUUUUGAUUUGACUAAUGAUAUUGAACAUCUUUUCAUGUGCUUAUUGGACAUUUGUAUAUUUUCUUUGGUGAAACAUCUAGAUCCUUUGCCUAUUUUAAAUGGAAUUGUUGUUUUGAGUUGUCAGAGUUCUUUAUAUAUUCUGGAUACUAGAUCUUUGUAUGAUUUGCAAAUAUUUUCUCCCAUUCUGUGUUUUCACUUUCUUGAUCGUAUUCUUUGAAACACAGAAAUUAUGAAUUUUGAUGAUACCCAAUAUAUCUAUUUUUCCUUUUGUCACUUGUGAUUUUGGUGUCAUAUCCAAGCAGCUCUUGCUUUACUCCAAGGUCAUGAAUAUAUACUCUUAUGUUUUCUUCUAAGAGUUUUAAGAUGUAGCUGUUCAUUUUAGGUCUUUGGUCCAUUUUGAGUUAAUUUUUUUUUUAAUUUUAUUUAUCUUUUAUUUAUUUAUUUUUGGCUGCGUUGGGUCUUCGUUGCUGCACACGGGCUUUCUCUAGUUGCAGCGAGUGGGGGCUGUUCUUCAUUGCGAUGCGCAGGCUUCUCGUUGUGGUGGCUUCUCUUGUUGCGGAGCACAGCACAGGCUCUAGGCGCGCGGGCUCUAGAGUGUAGGCUCGGUAGUUGUGUCUCGCGGGCUCUAGAGUGCAGGCUCGGUAGCUGUGGCACACGGGCUUAGUUGCUCUGUGGCACGUGGCAUCUUCCCGGACCAGGGCUCGAACCCAUGUCCCCUGCAUUGGCAGGCGGAUUCUUAACCACUGCGCCACAGGGGAGCCCCAUUUUGAGUUAAUUUUUUUUUUUUUUUGCGGUACGCGGGCCUCUCACCGCCGUGGCCUCUCCCGUUGCGGAGCACAGGCUCCGGACGCACAGGGCCAGCGGCCAUGGCUCACGGGCCCAGCCGCUCCGCGGCAUGUGGGAUUCUCCCGGACCGGGGCACGAACCCGUGUCCCCUGCACCGGCAGGCGGACUCCCAACCACUGCGCCGCCAGGGAAGCCCUUGAGUUAAUUUUUUGUCUGUGCUUCACUCAUGUGGAUAUUCAGUUGUCUCAGCAUCAUUUGUCGAAAAGAUUAUUCUUUCUUCCAUUGAAUCGUGGUGCGCUUUUCUUGAUCGUCAAUUGACAAUAAAUGUGUGAAUUUACUUCUGGACUCUCACUUCUAUUCCCUUGACCUAUAUAUCCUAUGCUACCGCUACAAUGUCUUGAUUAAUGUAGCUUUGUGGUAAGUUUCGAAAUCCUCCAACUUUGUUCUCUUUAAACAUUGUUUUGGCCAUUCUGGGUCUUUUGCAUUUCCAUACAAAUUUUUGAGCCGCCUCACAUGUCUGUCACUGUUGCUAAAAAUAAAGAGUAAUGGAAUCUCAAAAAUGAAUGAAUGAAUGAAUUUGUGCCACCCCCCCGCCAAAAAAAAAAAAAGGGCAUCUGAGAUUUUAGGGAUUGUGUCGACCCUAGAGAUCACUUUGGAAAGUAUAGCUGACCUUUGAAAAGCAUGGGUUUGAACUACACAGGUCCACUUACACAAGGCCUUUUUCAGCAGUAAAUACCGCAGGGCCACGUGAGCCGUGGCUGGUUGACUCCUUGGAGGAGAACCACAGACGCAGGGGCUGAUGGUGCGGUUACACGUUGAUUCUUGACUGCAUGGAGGGUAGGCUCCCCUAAACCCUGAGAUGUUCAAGGGCCAAGUGUAAUGUCAUUUUAAUAUUAAAUUUUCUAAUUAGUGAACUUAGAAUAUCUUUCCGUUUAUUUAGGUUUCCUUUAUAUUUUCUCCAUGUUUUGUAGUUUUUAGUAUACAAGUUUUGCAUUUAUUUUGUUAAAUUUAUUCUUAAAUGUUUUAUUCUGUUUGAUGUCAUUGUAAAUGCAGCUGUUCUCUGAAUUUCAUUUUUGGAUUGUUCAUUGCUAAUGCAUAGAAAUAGAACUACUUUUUUUAUGUUGGUCUUAUAUCCUGAAACCUUGUUGAACUCACAUAUUAGUUCUAAUAGUUGUAUGUGUGUGUAGAUUCCUUAGGAUUUUCUAUACACACUAUCAUGUCAUCUGCAAGAGAAAGUUGUAUUUCUUUCUUUGCAGUUUGGAUUCCUUUUAUUUCUUUUGUCUUGCCUGGGUGCUCUGGCUAGAGCCUCAGUACAGUGCCAGAUAGAAUUGGAGAGAGCAGGAGACAUCCUCGUCUUGUCCCUGAUCUGAGAGGAAAAGCUUUCAGUCUUUUACCAUUGAGUGUAAUGGUAGCUGGGUUUUUUGUAGAUGACCUUGUAUCGGGUUGAGGAAGUUUCCUUAUGUUCUUAGUUAGUUGAGUGUUUUUGUCGUGAAGGGAGUUGAAUUUUUGUCAAAUGCACUUUCUACAUCUGUUGAAAUGAUCGUGUGGUUUUGGUCCUUUAUUCUUUUCGUAUGGUGUGUUACAUUAAGUGUUUUUCAUAUAUUGAACCACACUUGCAUUCAUGGGAUAGAUCCCACAUGGUCAGUUUCAGUAGUCUGUAUAUUUCUAGGAAUUUGUCCAUUUCAUCUAGGUUAUUUGUUAUCGUUUGUUGACAUACAGUUGUUCAUAGCAUUACUCUAUAGUCAUUUUUAUUUCUGUAAGGUUGAUAGUGAUGUCUCUUCUGUCAUUCCUGAUUUUAGAAGUCUGAGUCUUCUCUCUCAUUAAUUUUCUUGGUUAGUCUAGCUAAAGGGUUAUCAGUUUUACUGAUCUCUUCAAAGUUGUUUUUCUCUAUUAUUUUUUAUUUUUUACUUAAUUUCCACCCUAAUCUUUAUUAUUUCCAUUGGGUUGCUUUGUGUUUAGUAUUUUUCAUUCUUUUUCUAGUUUCUUAAGUGGAAGUUUAGCUUAUUGAUUUGAGAUCUGUCUUCUUUGUAACGUAGGUGUUUACAGGUAUACAUUUUUAUCUAAGCACUGCUUUAGCUUCAUCCCAUAUGUUUUGGUAUGUUGUGUAUGCAUCUUUAUUUAUCUCAAAAGUAUUUUCUAACUUCUCUUUUGAUUUCUUAUUUUACGCAUUGUUUAUUUAGGAGUUUGUCGUUUAAUUUCCACAUACUUGUGAAUUUCCUUCUGUUAUUUGAUUUCUCAUGUCAUUCUGUGUAGCCAAAGAACACGUUUUGUGUGAUUUCAGUUCUUUAAAAUUUGAGACUUACAGUCUAUCCUGGAGAGUGUUUUAUGUGCAGCUGAGAAGAUGAGUAUUCUGCUGUUGAUGGGUGUUCUGUAGAGUCUGUUAGGUCUAGCUGGUUUAUAGUGUUAAGUCUUCUUUUCCUUAUUGAUCUUUACCCCAGCAGUUAAAUCCAUUAUUGAAAGUGGGGUAUUGAAAUCUCCAACUAUUAUUGUUAAAUUAUCUAUUUCUCCUUUCUCUGUCAGUUUUUGCUUUGUGUAUUUUAGGGCUCUGUUAAGUGCAUAUAUGUUUAUACUUCUUAUUUCUUCCCAAUGGGUUGACCCUUUAUAGCACAGCCUUCUCUAUCUCUAGUACUAAACAGUUUUUGCCUUAAGGUCCCUUGUACGAUGUUAGCGUAGCUUCUGGUUGUUUGUAUGGUAUAUCCUUUUCCAGCCUUUCACUUUCAUUAUAUCUCUGAAUCUGAAGUCUUAUGGACAGCAUAUAUUUGAUCAUGUUUUUAAAUCUGUUCUACCGAGUCUCUGUUGCUUGAGUGGAGUGUUUAAUCUAUUUACCUUUAAUGUAAUUGCUGAUAAGGUAAGGUUUAUGUCUACCAUUUUUCUGUUUUUUUUACAUGUCUUUUAAAAUCUUUCUUCCUCUGUUACCUUUUUUUCUUGUGUGUUAAAUGGCUGUUUAAUUCCCUUGUAAUACUUUAAUUCCCUUGUGUCUCUACCACUUUUUUUUUUUUUUUUUUUUUUUUUUUUUUUG